GUUGCUAAGUAGUUUUAGCGUCCUUUCUGUAUACAGUUGCUAGCUAAUCGUUAGCUGACUGAAAUUUAGGGGGAAAAAGGGGCGAACAAAGCCCUGUCGAAAAUGUGUUUAACACGAUUUAGUUACGGAUUGAUGCAUAGAAUAAGGAUUUCUUAUCUGAUUAAUUCCAAUAAGCGAUGGGCGAAUGAGCCUGCAACAAUGCUACUUUGAUUUCCAGACACGAUUUAUGAAAGCAGAAAUCUUUCCUGUCUCUUUGGGGUGAACAUUUCUGGUACUCGCAUGAGUUCUAGGGAGCGAGCCAAGAUGGGGGACAUCUUGGCAACUGAAGCUGAUCUUCUUGGGAUGAUCAAAGAGUACCUUAACUUCGAAGAAUUUGAAGAGACUGUUCAAACUUUUGACAAGGAGUGCAAAACCAAAGGGAAGCUUGUGUCGAAGCCUCGUGGAAGUGCUCUCAGAGACUCAAAGACCCGUGUCAUCCAGGAAGAUCUUCUGAGCUCCUUUGAUGACGGCGACCACAAAGUGUUCUUUGAUCUCUGGGCAGAAAACAUUCCCUCAGCAGUAAAAGACUCAGAUGAUGAAGCACAGAACCUUGAGUUCUACCUUCGUAUCCACUUCACUGUCUACCCACUGAGGACACACCCGAGUAGACAAGACCGAGCUGAAUUUGAGGAGAGGAUUUUCCUUUUCAAGCAGUACCUUGAAACUCGUGGAUCAGCUCUGAGCCAGACUACUGAGUUUUUGCCUUAUUACGCUUUGCCUUUUGUUCCCAAUCCAACCAUUCACCCUUCCUUUAAAGAUCUCUUUCAGGAUUCCUGGAUGCCACAGUUGAAGGACAAGUUGGAGAAGUUCUUAUCAGUGACUCUAAAAUCGUCUAAGAUUCCAAGGCUGUUGACUUUAUAUAAGGAGGGCGGAAGAACUACGAAAGAAGCCAUGCAGCAGUUGCAACUUCAGCUGGCUGAGUCGGAGCGACGCAUCUCCAGCUACGUACGGAAGUGUAACAAGGUCAAAGCUGACUACCAUAACCUUAUUGGGAUCACUGCUGAGCUGGUCGACUCUUUGGAGGCCACUGUCAGUGGAAAAAUGAUUUCCCCUGAGUAUCUGCAGAGUGUGUGCGUUCGCCUAUUCAGCAGCCAGAUGAGGCAAAGUGCUGUUCAGAGCACGGACUUCACAAGGCCCGGCACUGGAUAUUACUCUAUGAGUCCGUAUGAUGAUGGCUAUGCCUCGUCCAUGCUACGUGCAUCUAUUGCGCUACAGAGGCCUAAGGAGGUGCCAAUGCUGCCUUCUCUGGACUAUGACAAACUGAAGAACGACUUGGUUGUCGGCUCCGACAGACUGAAGUGUCUCCUGCUGCAGGCUCUGCGCUGGAGAAUAACUCGCUCACUCCCUGGUGAACAGAGGGACACGGUGCUUCAAGCCUACAUCAGUAACGACCUGCUGCAACGCUACAGCACCAAUAAGAAAGCUGUGCUUCAUUUGAUGAAAUCAGCAAACGAGGUUGUCCGUCAAUACACUGCCCGCCUCAUCAAUGCAUUUGCUUCCCUUGCAGAGGGCCGGAUUUACCUCUCCCAAAUUCCAAUUCUUGUGAAGCUUCUGACAGAAACACUAAGGAGGGAGGAGAAGGACUCGAUGACCCGGGAAAAUGUUCUGGUUGCCCUUCAGAAGCUCAGUCUUAGGAGAAGCCAGCAGACAGCCAUGAUCGAAGAUGAUCUUAUUGGCUGGCUUGUGGAUGAGCUGCAGGACUCGGACUGCCUCAGUGACUACACCCUGGAGUAUUCUGCAGCUCUGCUUAUGAACUUGUGUCUGCGAACCAAAGGAAAAAGGAAGUGCGCGGAGAACGCCAAGCAUGUGCUCAAAGUUCUGACUGACCUCCUCGGACAUGAGAACCAUGAGAUUCGGCCAUACGUGAAUGGAGCUCUGUACAGUAUCCUGUGUAUUCCCUCCGUGCGACAGGAAGCCAAAGAGAUGAGUGUAGAGGAGAUUCUUCGUUGUUACAACAGAGAGGAAAACCCGGACCUCAACAGACAAAUUGAGUUCAUCAUUAAGCAGCUCAACUCAGGUGAUGAAGAAGGGCCAGAGUCAGAUGAUGAGGAAGAAGAGGAUGACAAUGAUGAGGAUUUAAUGGAAAUAGAACUUGAUAAAGAGGAAAUUCUUCAACCCCAGCAAAGGGAGCUGUCUGGGGAGACCCUGCUCACCACUGAGUAUCUUGGGAUCAUGACAAACAUGAUGAAAGUAAAGAGGAAGUCAACACCUUUGGCGUGCCCAAACAUUGAUGAGCCCUUACAACGGCCAGUCACCCCGAGUUCUCAUCGAAAUGCAGGUGAAAAUCAUCCCAGCAGUCAGUGUGGUGAGGGCAGAAACAGGGAAUACCCCCUAAACAGACAGAGAAGUGAGGAAGGGAGUCUGAUCCCCUCCUCAUACAACUCUCGACCUCCGACACGUUCUGGCAGCCGACCCAGCACUGCCGACUCCCUUCAUCACAGCAUGGACUCAGAAUGCGGACGGUUCUACCAGGACUCAGAGUUAGACCGGACAUAUGAAGAUCAAACCAGAAAAGGACAGUCCCAGGAGGGACACAAUGGGCACUCCGUCAGUGACAGCUACAUCCUUGGGUUUGUGAGCUCCUCCAAGAUCCCCCGGACACCUGAUCCCCCCAUUAGCCAGAACAGUGAUCACCGGAGUCGUGAACUUGCUCUGGCACCCCGGUUCUCCCAGUCGGAGCCACAGCAGGGCAGUCGGCCUGCCAGCUCCACGGGAGGAGGAGGGAGCGGAGCCAGGCACUCAAAGAGGAGGUGAGGAGGGAGCUGUCACCAUGGGGGGAAGCGUUAUCUGUCCAGGAACGUCAGGCUUCCUGUAACAUCAUCCCCCCCAGGUUGCGAUCGGGGUCAGGCCAACAGAGACGGGUAGGGAUCGACGGCAGCAUUGAGAGGAGCCAGAGGAGUGUGUCAAACAAUGUGUAAGAUUGUGGCUCUAAAUCCCCCCCACACACACACACACACACUCCCCCCCUUCAGCACACACGGCUCUGGCAACGUGAUAUGAUGGCAGACAAUAAUCACAACAACCAGCGAAGCAACUCAGUGAAUCAAGAAGUUUCUGAAUUUCUUUGUGUGUUUGUUAUCUUGCCGUGGAAUAAGUCAAGCAGUGCACAUGUUUUGCAUUUCAGUUCAGACCAGUAGCAUUAAUAUUCGGAACCACUGAAAAUAAGUGAUUGUAGGUCCAUUUUACAGUCUGGGUUAUCAUUUCCACUUGUUCUUUUUUUUUCUUUUUGGAGAUGAAGAGUCAUAUCAUUCAAACUUAAAUAAG